AUGGCUUCUUCACCAACCAUCCCGGCCAGUCACAGCCAAGCCUCGCUCUCCCCAUCAAACUCCCAAUCGCAAUCCCAUUCGAUGAGCCAUCCAGAUGUCUCUCUCCAAACCCUCGUAUCACAUCUCCUGGCCUCUAAGCGCUCCCUAUCAUCGAUAAACACAGUAUGGCGGGCAAACGAGAUUGCCACAUCCGCACGAGCGGCCUUGGAAGAAAGUGUAAUGCUGAGUGCUCAAACGGGGUUUUUAAGAAAGGGCAUCUCGGAACAAGUCAAGAUACUUAGGAGGGCGAGGGGAGGGGUGGAGAAUGUAUACAAAGAUGGACAGAAAGACUUCAAGAAUGUCAUUCGGACACUGGAUGCGGCAAAUUCGCGACUCGAAACAACUAUGGACAUUUUGCGUUCCACGAUGGUGGAAGCAUCUUUUCGGCCGGCCGGCGAGGAACCUCGAAGUCUCCUUGAUUUUGUCGAUGAACAAGGUGUCGAGACUAUGCGAGAUGCCUUGAAGGAAUCGAUUCGAGAAACAAGGGAAGCUCAAACUGAAUUCGAUUCCUCAAUUCUCUCCUUCGACGAUGACCUUCGUGCCCUUAAAACCACCAUGGCCUCUUCCCCCCAACCGACUACCCCGUCCCAGUCGCACGAUAACCUCUCCUCGCCUAUCCCCGACCAUCUACAAACUCUCGAAAGCCAUGCCCAAGAAAUGGCAUCCCUCCUCGAAUCUCUCGUAUCACACUUUGACCUUUGCGUAAAUGCAAUUCGGCAUACUGAGGGAGGAUACGCAGCAGUCCGAAAAGCAGCAUCGUCGCAGCCACCAGGGGCGGAGCCAGUCUCGGUAUCGGGAGUAAUGAAUACCGAAAAUGAAUCUACGCACGACGAACCGAUUUCGGAAGAAGAACGGCGGGAGAUGCUUGACGUGCUCCAGAAAGACGCAUCUCAGGUCGAAGACGUGGUCAUGGAACUGCGCGAAUUCCUAGCGGACAUGGAAGCCAAACACGAAGCAGUCCUCGAGCAUGUCUCAUCCCUACGAGCCGUCCACAAUGGAACAACCAACGCAUACCACAUCCUCGAAGGCGUUGGAGCCAGGCUGUCGGGAUACAUAAUAGCCAGCCAAGAUUUCCGCCUAAAAUGGGAAGAAACCAAGCUCCAAAUCCAAGACCAACUCUCCGAGCUCGAAUCCAUGCGCCUGUUCUAUGAAAACUACCACGCCUCAUACGACAGCCUGAUUCUUGAAAUCCACCGCCGGAAACAGUGCGAGGAGAAAGUCAAGAGCAUCAUGAGGAAGGCAACGGAGCAGAUUGACAAAGUGUACCAAGCUGAUAUGGGUGAGAGGGAGGGCUUUCGAAUUGACGUUGGCGAUUAUUUGCCUGUGGAUUUAUUUCCGGGCGUGAAUACACCGGCGCCGAAGUGGGAAUUUGGGCUGAAGGCCGACCAGGAUCCGGCGAUGGGGAGUUUGCCCGAGUUGGAGAGGGUGGUUGUUGAGGCUGCCGUAAAGAGGGAGAGGGAUAGGCGGAGAUUCGAUCGAUGA